AUGUUUUUAUAGAGAUGUAAAAUUUAUAGAUAUCAAAAUCACUUUGUUUCUUCUAUAUAAAGAGAGGAAAAUCAGCUUAAUUAUAAAAGAAAUUAUAGCAAAAGACCUAUCAAGAGAAACUGGUUAAAAAUCAAGAAGAAAUCUUAAUUAAUUUUCUAAUAUACUAACAACUUUUCUAUUUUUAGAUUUUUAUUAAUUAAGGAUAAGAUAGCAAUCAAUAUAAAGAGUAUCUUUUUAAAUUGGUAAUAUAUUUUAUAAACUAAUUAUCUAAAACAACCAUUUUCUUAUGCUAAAAUAUAUUAACAUAGAUUUUUAUAAUAUAAAAUUUAUUGCUGA